AUCCCACGUGACGUCACCAGGGAAGAAGAACCCGCUGUUGUAAUAUCAGCGAUGUUUUUAAUUGAAAGUAGUUAUAAACAAUCCCUGAGUGUCCACGUGGAUUUACUAGGACCAGAUUACCUUGACACUGAAGAAAACAUAAACAUGGAUUUAUGGACAUGAAUCCGCAACAGGCAUCAGAGAUGACGAUGAUAAGUUUCUUGUCUGUCUGAUCAUCGUUGCUGAUUUACAACUGUGAGAGGUUCUGUUCUCCCUCACCACGUCCUGCAGAUUAUCACUGUCAGUCCUCACAUACAAACGGUCAUUUCCAUAGUUCAGUGCCUCCGGAGGAGCCGUCGUUGGACUCUGACCUCCACAGGAGACACGUGACUCCCACCAGCCUGCGCAGGUGAGAGCAGUCGAGGGAUCCGUCACUCGGUUCCUCAGAAGAUGACAGCUCGUGUCUGAAGACGCUCGUGUGACACAGGUGAAGGCUCUGGACUCAGCUGCACCAUGGCUCUGCCCGUCCACCUGCUGGCCUGCGCCUUCGGCCUGGGCUCUUGGGUGGCAGUGAACGGCCUGUGGGUGGAGCUACCGCUCAUCGUCAACACUCUGCCUGAAGGCUGGGAUCUCCCCUCGUACCUGACAGUCAUCAUCCAGCUGGCCAACCUGGGCCCUCUGCUGGUUACUCUCAUGCAUAAACUGUGGCCUGGUCGUCUGAAAGAGCACCUGGUCAUCUACUCCAUCCUCUCCAUCGGUGUCCUGUCCUGCUUCCUUCUAGCUUUCUUCUGGGACAAGACCACGGUUGUUUUCGGGGCAUCAUAUAGCACUGCCUUCUUCAUCAUCACCUUCUUCCUCUCUCUGGUGGACUGCACCUCGUCAGUUACCUUCCUGCCUUUCAUGACGCAGCUUCCUGCAAAAUACAUCACCACGUAUUUUAUCGGAGAAGGGCUAAGUGGAUUCAUUCCAGGUGUAGUCGCUCUCGCACAGGGUGUGGGCAUCGCCAAGUGUGUCAACUCCUCUCAGACUGCAGGAAACCACACCGACGGGAGCGCGGCGUCUUUACAUACAGAGUAUCUUCCUCCAAACUUCUCCACCGAGGUGUUUUUCUUCUUCCUAGCAGCCAUGAUGUGCGUAAGCCUGGCGGCUUUUGUCGCACUGAACAGGCUUUCACGAACGUUCGAGCUGUCCACUGAAAACCUGGUGCCAGACCCUGCGGCGUCCGUCGGCUCCGGCCUGGAUAACCCUGGAGCAGACACUGAUGGAGAAGGUCCCGUCAAGAGCAGGCCUCUGCUGGGUGGUCCCAAACACUCCAUGUACCAGCUGACCUUCAUCUACUGUCUGGUGGUGUGGGUUAAUGCUGCCACCAACGGCCUGCUGCCCUCUGUGCAGACGUACUCCUGUAUGCCUUACGGGAACAUGGCCUAUCAUCUGUCUGCUGCUCUGGCAUCAGUGGCCAACCCAGUGGCCUGCACCGUCGCUAUGUUCUUCCAAAACAGGUCCCUGGUGUUUCUCGGCGUGGCGACGGCGUUGGGAACGGGGUUUGGCAGCUACAACCUCGCUAUGGCAGCUAUGAGUCCGUGUCCGUUGCUUCAGGGGUCUGUGGCGGGAGAGGUGAUCAUUGUGCUCUCGUGGCUCUUCUUCACUGGAACGCUGUCGUACGUCAAAGUAAUGGUGGGUGUCAUCCUGAGGGACCGGAGCCACAGCGCCCUGGUGUGGUGUGGAGCUGCAGCACAGAUGGGCUCGCUGGUCGGCUCGGUCACCAUGUUCCCCCUGGUGAACAUCUACCGGCUGUUUACGUCGGGAGACUUCUGCAACACUGAAUGUCCUUUGUGACCUUUCACCUGAGAACUGCAGAACUGGGAGGCGGGCGGAGACGUGUACGAGCCACAUAGCUUGACAAGACUUCCAUGAUAACAUUAAUACAACUCUUGAAUAAAAAUGGCAUGUUACUGUCUCCAGUUGAGCCAUGUGUGUUUGGGGCCGUAAUGGGGAUGAAGAUGAGUUUAGGACAGCUAGCUUAGCUUAGCAGCAGCUAGCUUGCUCUCCACCAUGUUGUUUAGUCCGUUAAAUCUGAGCACAAACCAAAAAUAUAUAAAAACUACUCAUCGUGUUAAAUAUGUCCAGUAGGUAAAAUCACAGCCUUUUGUACAGACUCAACAGAUUGUUAGAGGUGGACAGAGCCGGGCUGUUUCCUCAUGUGGGCUCUUCUGCGUCCUGCCGACGGCCGAUGAGUCAAAACAUCCAUGAUUGCAAGUUGCUUUGGACAAAAGUGUCGGCAAAAUGAAUGUAAUGUAAUGUUAUGCAAUGCUAAGCUAAGCUACGGAGCUACGGGGCUUCAUAUUUAAGCCCCGUCAGAUAUUAAUCAGCGCAUUUUUUUAUAAUGUCAGAAAAACAUUUUUUCGACGUUUGUUGAGAGGUGAUGGUUUAAUAUAGUUUUUUUCUUUGGAGCUGUGAUUUUGUUUUCAUGUUUGUAUAAAAUAUGUUAAUACACUAUGAAUGAAAAUAUAUAAAUAUAUAACAACUCUGAAAUGCUGGCAUCAGCUAUGAAACUGUUGGCCUGUUUGACCACUAGAUGGCGCCAGCACACUUCUAACAUCAGCUCGUCCACUGACCAAAAAACCUUUCACAUAAAAUACAUGAGAAAAUAAAGCAACCAAUUUGAAUGCUGACAUUUAUGAACCUGUUACAUAUUUAGUUUCAAAACAAAAAUCAUAUUCAUGCACGCAUAAAAUGAGUUUAUCACUGUGAAUAUAACGGUCAGCAACAUAUGGUAAUAUACUCCAGCAAUAUUGUGAAAUACAGUUGCAUCACAACAUUUAAGCAUUAUCAUAUUAAUAUAAAUAUGAACUAAAGCUUAAAUAAUGUGGUUUGUACCAAGUAAAAUAACGAAAUAUA